UUUCCCAUUUAUUUCGUUGAGCAAGUACAUUUCCCCCUUCACAAGUGAUUUAUUGUCAAUAGUGCUUUAACGCAGUGUUUAUUUCGACGCUUCUUCAUAAUUGCAUAAUUUGUAGUAACACUUGUGCGCGCACGCCACUCACGCCACACAGGUGUUAACGUAACCUUGACCGAUCUCAGUAAUUAGAACCGGUCCCUUUUGUUUGCGCGCAGCUGUUUUUUCUAUAAGAAGCUCAUUAGUGGUAUCUAUCGCCUUACUGCAGUUAAACACGUGGUUUUUUGCUUUGUUAAUUGCACUUCAAAAUGGCAGACGCUUUAAAGACUUUACUUAGAAAACGUAGUUCAUUAAAAUCAAAGCUUACGAUUUACAGCAACUAUCUAAAUUUAGUUAAAAGUAGUGCACAUAUAUCUGAGAUGCAACGAUUAGACCUGCAGGAACGUUUUAAUAAGUUCGAUUCCUUACAUAGCCAAUUUGAUGAAUUGCAGACAGAAAUCGAAAUGCUUGCCGAUGAUGCUGAGACAGCGUUCGUGGAGCGUGAGGAGUUUGACCGCCAGUUCUUCAAUCUGGUGGCACUCACGCGCAGCCUGCUCGGUUCUUCGGUCAACGGUGCUGGUUCUGAGGCGGGCUUCAAAGAUGCUGACUCAGGUGCACAUGUUUCUAAUAGCUUCGUUCGUUUGCCAAAAAUUGAUUUGCCUCACUUUGACGGGAACUACCAAUGCUGGCUCGAGUUCCGGGACACGUUUACGUCAUUGAUUCACAAUAACGCUAGCAUAAGCAACAUAAAUAAGUUCCAUUACUUGCGUGCUUCUUUACAAGGUACUGCAGCCUCUUUAAUUAAAAAUAUAGAAUUUAGUAGUGAUCAUUAUAAGAUUGCUUGGGACUUGUUGUGUGAGCGGUAUAACAAUGAGUACCUGCUUGUGGCCAAUCAUUUGCAAGCUUUAUUCUUUGAUGUUAAGUCAAUAAAUAAGGAGUCUAGUGUUUCCAUUAGAAAUCUUGUUGACGUCAUUAAUAAAAAUAUUCGGGCACUAGCAAAUUUAAAAAGGCCUACUCAGCAUUGGGAUGACAUCAUCAUUUUUGUCAUGGUCAAAAAGCUAGAUUUAAUCACAAGUCGUGAAUGGGAGGAAUACAGGAAUAACAACAUAGUAGGUUAUCCAACAACUACUCAAUUUUGUUCUUUUCUAAACAGGAAAGCAGACUGGUUGGAAUCUGUGGAAUGUAACUUUCAGGAUAGUAAUAUUGUGGCCUUGAAUAGUAACACUAAUUUAAAUAAACAUAAUAAUAAUUCAUCUAAACAAAAACACUCAAAUAAAUCAAAUAAUAAUUCUCAUAAAAACAAUAAUAAAUGUCCACUUUGCUCCCAAGUACAUACUUUAUAUAAAUGUGAAUCUUUUAGAAGCUUAUCUAUAGAAAAUCGCAUACAAAAGGCAAAAGACUUAACUGUUUGUCUCAAUUGCUUACGUAUUGGGCAUUCUGCUAAUAACUGUAAGUUUUCAAAUUGCAGAUACUGCAAACUUAAGCACAAUACGCUUUUGCAUUUAGAAGCUAGUGAACCCAAACCACUUUCUAAUCCUCUGCCUUCUGCACUUCUUUCUGUAUCGCCAACUACUUCAGAUGUUGCGCUUUCAGCUAAUUCUAUGCAGCUUGCUACUUCUUCGCAUGUUUUCCUGUCCACAGCUUUGGCGAAAGUGACCAGUGCGACGGGUAAGAAGUUUACUGCGCGCCUACUGCUGGACAACGGCAGUACGGCCAACUUUAUCACGCAGAGUUUAGCGGAGCAACUGGGUUUGUCACAACGCGGUGACUGAUGCCAACAUCACGAGCCUGGAUCGCUGGAAGAGGAUCCAGUACAUCAGACAGCACUUCUGGGGACGCUUCCAUAAUGAGUACACUUCUCUGCUGCAGGCCAAGUCAAAGUGGUUAAAUUCCAGAGGCGAAGUGACACCAGGGUCCUUAGUCCUGAUCAAGGACAAGACGACGCCACCGCUGCUCUGGUCCCUGGGUCGGGUCACUAAGACCUAUCCCGGCGUCGACGGAGUCACGCGGGUGGCUGAGCUGAAGACGAGGAGGGGCACCAUUCGUCGUGCCUUCAACUGCAUCUGCCCGCUCCCUAUCGAAGACUUUUGAAGAGCAUCCUUCAACCCGGGGAGUAUGUCGGCGCACCUCAGCGAGCAACCGCGAUGGCGACCGAAGGGAGUGCUGCGGAGGCCGGGGCGGGGGCUGCCCCGGCUGGCGAGCCCGCGGCCGCGCUCCCUUCACUUCUCUCCGCGACGCGCUUGACCACG